GGCGCAGCCGCUCCGCGCAGCGUCCGCACCCCGCGUAGCAGCGCAGCAUGGAGCGCCGGGUCGCCCGCGAGUUCCGGCACAAGGUUAAUCUGCUAAUUGACAAUGAAGCGGAGAAGGAUUACCUUUAUGAUGUGCUGCGGAUGUACCACCAAUCUAUGAACCUUCCAGUGCUUGUGGGUGACCUAAAACUCGUAAUUAAUGAACCAAGCAGGCUGCCUCUGUUUGAUGCUAUCCGCCCACUUAUUCCAUUAAAACACCAGGUGGAGUACGAUCAGCUUACGCCCAAAAGAUCAAGAAAACUGAAGGAAGUGAGAUUGGAUCGUUUGCACCCUGAAGGACUGGGAAUAAGUGUGAGAGGUGGAGCGGAAUUUAGCUGUGGCCUCUUUAUUUCCCAGUUAGUUAAAGGAGGACAAGCAGACAAUGUUGGACUGCAGGUUGGGGAUGAGAUAGUUCGUAUAAAUGGAUAUUCCAUCUCAUCAUGCACGCACGAGGAAGUCAUAAACCUCAUUCGCACAAAGAAAAUAGUGUCCAUAAAAGUGAGACAUGUUGGAAUGAUACCAGUCAAAAGUUCAGCAGAUGAACCCCUUAAAUGGCAAUAUGUGGAUCAGUUUGUGUCAGAUUCUGGGGAAGGAAAGGGCAGUGUGGCUGGUCUUGCUUCUUCUGGAGGAAGAGACAGUAAAGAGAAGAAAGUCUUCAUUAGCUUGAUUGGCACAAAAGGCAUGGGAUGCAGUAUUUCCAGUGGUCCAACACAAAAACCAGGCAUUUUUGUCAGUAAUGUGAAGCCGGGUUCUCUUUCAGCAGAAGUGGGCUUAGAGGUUGGUGAUCAGAUUGUUGAGGUGAAUGGGGUGGACUUUUCGAAUGUGGAUCAUAAAGAGGCUGUCAGAGUGCUCAAAAGUAGCCGUACUUUGACUAUCUCUGUAGUGGCAGGCGCUGGAAAGGAACUAUUCAUGACUGAAGAAGAGAGGCAGAGAGAAGCACAUCUUCGUGAGCAGGAACGCCAGGAGUUAAUGCAUCAGAAGCGACUUGCACUGGAGACUAACAAAAUCAUCAAAGAGCAGCAAGAGAAAGAGAGAUUAAGAAAAAUGGAAAUUUCCCAGAAGGCUGCAGAGGAAGAAGAGAGAUAUCGCAGAGAAAUUGAGCAGAUAACAGCAGAGGAAGAGAAAUUUAAAAGGGAGUGGGAAGAAGACUGGGGGCCUAAAGAGCCUCCCAAACCUCUGAAAACUGUAACUGCAGAAGUGCACUCUGCUCCUCGUUCUAAACACAAAAUAGAUUUAGAGGGAGAUGCACAUGACCAACUUGAAACAGAUGACAUGGAUGAAGUGAUCAUGAAGCAGGACAAACAGCUUUUGGAUGGUUUUAUCGGUAUGAAGGAAAAUUUCCCACAAUCCGCAAGAAUGUUCGCAUCUAUGUGUACACGAGUGUCUGAAAGCAGUCAGUCUCCUACUGAUGUAAAAAAAAAAUUGAGAUAAUAACUAACCAAACUAACUAAAGAGAACUAAUCAAAACUGUUUGACUAUUUGAAGUUUUGUAAUGGACCUAUCGGCUCUACAGUUGUAGCUUUGCAGAGAAGUAAGCUGAACUCUCAAAUCUUCUAUACGCUGAACUCUCAAAUCUUCUCUAAGCUAAAUGGCUGUGUACAGGCAGUCCAAAAGAGGUUGAAUUUCUAGCAAAUUGCUGAGGAAAUGCAGUUAAAAAUUAUGCCUGAAAGACUGAUUCCACACUUGCACUACACUUCAGUUUUCAAGGCAGGCACUCAUGUACUGAGCUUGAAGUUUGCCAUAUUUUUAGUUUAUGUAAAAAUCUAGCUUGAAUAUAAUAAUAAUUCCCAGAAAGGAAAGGAGAGAAAGAAGUCAAAAAGUGACAGUUUUUGUGAACAGAAGAAGAAUAAAAAGGAAAUGGAAUUUGAGCAAAGACUUGCCAAAGAGAAAGAAGGAAUGCUGGAGAAAGAAAAACAACUGAAAAUAAAUCGUCUUGUGCAGGAGGUAUGUUGCAUUCUUCUAUCAGGUGAAAAAUUACAUUGGAGAAAAAUGAGGUGAAUUUUCAGUGGAAUUAUCUGAAUUGGGCACUUAUUUAAUUGUCAAAGAUAACGAAGUUUAAAAAUGAAUUACAUUUCACUACAAACCUCUGUUUCCAAAUUCGAUUGUUGCUACCGUCAAUUUUUGUUCAAAUGAGGCAAAAACUGCAUUUCUAGCGUCCACAUUUAGUGGUGAGUUUAAUGGAAGACAGCAGAAUAGGAAGUCAUUCUCAAAAGCACAGCAAGUUGUAAAACUAAUCUAAAUGGCAUAUCCUAAGUUUGAAGCCUUUGUACUGUAACUAUAUCUCCAAUCUUUUUUUUAAUACACUGGUGAUAUGCUUAAGGUAUCUGAAACAGAACGUGAAGAUCUGGAAGAAUCAGAAAAAGUGCAGCACUGGGUGGAAAGACUUUGUCAGACACGGUUAGAACAGAUUUCCUCUGUGGAAAAUGAAUCUCCUGAGGUAAAAUGCUAGUUUUUCUAUAUGCUGCACGAUCUCAAAAUUACUCACCGGUUUUCUCCUAACAACAGCAGCUUUUACCAGUUGUAAUAGAGGAAAAAAAACUGUCUUGUUCUUUCCUUCUCAGCCUUCAUCCUAAUAAAGGAAAAAGGAAAGAAGAGGAAAACUGUCAGCAGUUGGUGAAUGGCAAUGUAAAUCUGAUGGUUAGACUAGAUGAUCUUAGAGGUCUUUUCCAACUUUAAUGACUCUAUGAUUCUAUAGCAUUUGAUGUUUCCAUAGUUCAUAGAGAUGAUGUCAUCUGUUACAGGUCAGUGCUAAUGUUUCUGGUUUGUACAUUUCAGUAUGCUACUGCUACAAAAUAACUUAAUUGGUUCAUGAGCACCCUUUGGGAUAGGUAGAACAUGCUGCCAAUAAAAUUUACUAAGUGAGAGUAGAAUAUCCAGCUGUAUUUUUUUUUUUAAUAUUCUACACAAAUAAUAACAUCACUAAUCAUUUCUUUAAUGCCUGCUUGAAUCGUAAUCACAAUUCAAGUACUAAUUGCAACUAAGUGACAUUAAGAGACUGACAAAAGAAAAAACCUCCCAAAUAAUCAGAUCCUUUAUUUUAAGUAGUCCUCUCAGAUGAAGAAAAGUUGCAGAGAGUGAUUGUGCCUUAGCUACGUGCCUCUCUGUGUGGAGAGAGGCUUUCCCACCAUCCUGCUGUGUGGCUUUCUUCCAAGCACAGCUGCUUUCAGGAGGAACACUGCAAUCUACUGAAUUCCCCUGGGACUCCAAGCAAUUGUAACCACACAACCACAAAGGGACCCUUGGGGAACCCUCUGAGUCAAAUUUUCUACGGGUCAAUAUGCAGCACCUCUGAAAAAAACAGCUGGUCUUCUAUUCUUCCUACUCAUAGGUUUGGAUCCACUUUGUUCUUUAGUGUAGGUCUCCAGAAUGGUGGAAUGAUUACGCUAAGUUUUUCUUCGGCUUUCUACCGGAUUUUUGUCCCUCUUUUUGGAAAGUAAAGUUGGCACAUUAUGGGCUAAAGUCACCGUUGCAGAGCUCUACUCUCAUUUGAGACAAAUAUUCUGUAUUUGCGCUACCAAUUCUUCUACAUUACAUAUAAUUAGCCUAUUGUAGAACUUCUACAGAACUACUCAAGCAGUUACACUCAUAUAAUAUGUAAAGAUAGAAUGCUUCUGAGGAAUAGAUGCAGCUGAACUGUAUUCAGGUACUACAGGCCUGAACUCCUGCUUGGGUACAAGAGCAACCAACAUCUAUUUUACUUGGGAAGAAAUGUGUGUGUUUUUUUAGUACCAAAAAGUGAUUAUGCCACAUGAGAUCUCAACGUCAACAGAAAUCCAUUUGGGGAAAAUGGUGUCAGAUUAGGCUAAGAUGCAUGCGUCUGUAGAACAGCUUAUCUCUCUUUAAUAUUUCCUAAGUUGCAUCUAUCAACUGGAGUUUCUUACCUACUUAAAUCAUACCACUGAUCAAUGUCUAAACGAAACGUUAGUAACUGUAACAGUACAUAUGCAGUCUUUCUUUAUACUUGUAAAUGCUUUCUCUUAAGUUUCUGGGAGGUGAGUGGCUUAUUCUGUUCAAAUUGUGGAAUUUGCAAGUCAUGUGUUGAUCAAUAGAAAUUAUAAAGUCCA